UGCGGCAGAUGCACGGUCAGUGAGGGGCUGCCGUCGCCUCCCGUCAGUGCGGUGCUGAGUCGCCGGCCGCUACUCCUCGCCUCAGAUACUCCCGAGCAGGACACCUCUGGGACACGCCCUCCCCGACAUGCACAGCCCAGGUGGAGGCUUCUCCGAGGGGGCAUGUCCAGUGCGGUCCACCCCCGCUCCAGCCUCCCGCCACUGAGGGAGCCCACACUGGCCAGGCCCAGCACCACCCACACCAUCUGGUCUGACACACCCAUGAAAAGCAGUUUCUCACCAGUGGAUUUUGCCUGCAGCGUGAUGAAACCAUCGGGACAUGUAGCGCUUAAAGGGUUUCCUGGUGACCGGUACAGGAUGGGCGUGACAGGCUUCAGUCUGGGGAUCACCUCCUCCAUGACCAGCGGCUUCUCUGAAUCUGCCACACCGCCCCGACGGAGAAGGGCAUACAUGCCCCUCUCAGCUAAGGGAGAGGGGGGCAACAGAGCUCACAUCAUGGGUGCAGCGUGUCAGCGUAAGGCACUCGGCAGGUUUCCAGGAAACGGGAGGAGGAAGUUCCAGGUGGUGAUGCCGUAGCACAGAGCUGUGUGUGUGUGUGAGUGAGUGAGGCUCCUGUUUUACUACAGGACACAGACAGGUGUGUGUGUCAAGUCAAAUUCAAGUCGAGUUUAUUUAUAUAGUGCAUUUCAUACACAGAGGUCAUUCAAUGUGCAUCACAUAAACAAAAGCAAACAAUAGCAAAUAAAAGCAUUGACAGACGAUAGUUGAAUAAUAGUUUGAAAGUUAAAGAUCAUAAUGAAAAAAAGAAAACAUAAAACACACAAGGUAAAAUAAUUAGAAAGACAAAAUGAAAGACAAGGUAGAAUAAUUUAAAGGCAGAUUCAGAAUGUGUAUGACAGUGCAAUUAGGAAAAGGCAUAGGUCUAGGCCUAAGUCUAGGGUUACAACUGGCUAAAGUUGGUUCCAGAGCUGAACUACUGUACAUAGCAGCUAAGCUGCUUCACCAUGUUUAGUUCUAACAGCAGGUUUUACAAACAAGUUUUUCUCCUGAGACCUGAGUGGUCGAGAAAGUGUGAACUGUUGAAGCAUGUCUGAUAGGUAUGUAGGUCAAUGAGUUUUUCUAAAUCAUGUUUUGACAUCAGAUCUUUAAGUUUAGCAAUAUUUUGAAGUGGUAAAAAGCUGAUUUACUUAUUGCUUUCAUGUGGCUGUUGAAAUUUAGAUCACUCUCAAUUAAUACACCAAUAUUUGCUACAGUGUCCUUUGCUUUCAACCCUUUUAUGUCCAGGAGAGUGGCAACCCUAAGUCUGUCCUCCUUUUUACCAAAUGAAAUGACUUGUCAAGUGGUAGUACAUAGAGGUUGAAUAAUAGUGGCCCCAAGAUCGAUCCCUGGGGAACACCACAGGAUGUUGGUGUUGUUCAGGUACAGUUGCCAAUGGCAACAAAGAAGCUCCUUUCUUGUAUAUUUGUUAAGAACUAUUCCUGUAAAUCCAACCCAGUGUUCUAGUCAGUAAAAUAUAGUGAUCAACAGUGUCAAAUGCUGCACUGAGGUCCAGUAGCACUAGGACUGAUGUUUUACCUUAAUAAGAGCUGUUUCAGUGCUGUGAUUUGCCCAAAAAACAUACUGAAAGUAAUCAAAAUACUCAUAUGAUGUUGGGUUGGUGGUUAGUUAAAGGAACACUUCAGUGUAUUUUCAUAUUACAACUACGUUAUUCCCUUAACAAAGACAGGUUGAUACAGCACAUGCCUCUUGCGUUUCAAUGCAUGCGGCGCUACUUUGAUAGCACUUACAGUAGCUAGCCCAGUUCAGCCAUUAGGCCCUAAACAUAGAUAAAGUUAGUAGCAACCAAACCCAAAUUAAAAUACAGUUACACGAGUAGUUACACAACCAAGUAUGAUGACACAAAAUAAAACUGGGCGCUUUUCUGUGCGGGUAAGAAGGAUAACUAUAAUGUAUGGCGGAAUAUCACUUGGGAACACUUUGACUCGGCGCAGUAAUAUCCUCACUCCAAACUGAAACUGAAAAUCCAAGAGUGAUGAUAUUACUGCGCCGAGUGUGUGUGAGGCUCCUGCUUUACUACAGCACAGAGACAGGUGUGUCUGAGAUGCAUUUACAUUUACUGUAGAGUCGCUGAAUCGAUAUGGAAUAUUCACUGUAACAGACAUGUAUGUACAGAGGCAGAGGUCACUCUUAUAAUAUUUGAACCUUGACCCGUAAUUUAAUGCACGAUCAUUAGCGUUGAAUGAGAUC